AUGGGGAGAGCUGCCCAGCAAACCCUCCUCGCCUUACUCUGUCUAGCAGCUGUGGUUUGUGAGGCUCAGGACACCUGCCCAGAAGUGAAAGUGGUGGGUCUCAGUGGUAAUGAGAGGCUCGCUAUUCUGCAAGGAUGCCCUGGAGUUCCUGGUGCCAUAGGUCCCAAAGGAGAACCCGGAGCUGCAGGAAUGAGAGGAGAAAAGGGAACUCAGGGGAGCCCUGGGAAGAUAGGACCAGCUGGGGAGAAAGGAGCGAAGGGUGACAUUGGUAUUCCUGGUCUGAAAGGAGAUAAAGGAGACAUUGGAGUACCUGGAACUAUAACCGAGAAGGAGCUGGAGGACGUACACUGUAAGACAGGAGCGAAGAACUGCAAGGAGCUGUUAGCCAAAGGGAACAUCAUGAGCGGCUGGUACACCAUCUACCCGCAUGACUGUAACGCCAUGACCGUGCUGUGUGACAUGGACACAGAUGGAGGUGGAUGGAUAGUUUUCCAGAGGCGGGCAGAUGGUUCAGUGGACUUUUUCCGUGACUGGAAUUCAUACAAGAGAGGUUUUGGCAGCCGCCUGACAGAAUUCUGGUUGGGAAAUGACAAUAUUCACCUAUUAACCUCUUUUGGAGCUAAUGAACUUCGCAUUGACCUCACAGAUUUCGAUAACAACCAUGCAUUUGCCAAGUACAAGUCAUUCAAAAUUUUAGGAGAGACUGAAAAUUACAAGCUGAUUCUUGGAGAUUUCCUUGGGGGUAAUGCAGGGGAUUCGUUAUCCGGCCACAACAACAUGCUGUUCUCAACUAAAGACCGACAGCAAGAUCCUGGUUCGAGCGCAUGUGCAACAACCUACAAGGGAGCCUGGUGGUACAGUAGCUGCCAUACUUCCAACCUGAAUGGGAUGUACUGGCUGGGAUCCCAUAGCAGCUUUGCAGAUGGUGUGAACUGGCACGCAGGCAAAGGGUACAACUACUCCUACAAACGGUCUGAAAUGAAAUUCAGGCCUGUUUAG